CCGUUGCAAGGAGAGUUGAGGUUAUAGCUUCGUAAGCCACCUUGAAUUAGCCACAGUCAUUUGAGCUCAAUAGGACAGGUUUAAUGGGUUACGGGAUGCAUGUGCGUCUUGAUGAGUUUUUAGGCUUCUUGUGAUGUGGGGAAAUGUGAUUAGCCAGCUCAUGCUAACGCAGCAGUGCGCUAUAAUUCACUAUGAGAGCGUUCGUAAACGUCACGGCGACGUACGUUUGCGCAUGCGCCAAAACUGACGAGCAAAGUGUCCAACCGCUUCCAUAUCAUAUUGGCUAAGAAACCUUGUUUUCGUGCCUUUUUUAUCGCAGUAUGAAAGUUUGUGCCAGCUAAUGCUAAGCAACGAUAUGCAGCAAAGUUUCCGUACAACAGCGGCAACCAGAAUUUGCCUUAAAAACAAAGUUACGGACAUAUGAGUCCCAAAUCCGUCCACCCGGCCUGUCCUGAGGCAAUGUUUUUGAUCGACAACUUUUAAUUUCGUCCUACACAAAAGAUCUAAUGAAAAUCUACAAGUCUCUUGACGCAUACAAUGAAGGUGCUUCAUAAAUGGGCUGCAUCUGACUAUAUCCCUUAUCUGAAACAAGACAAAAGUACUUUAAAACUAGUAAACAGGAUGGACCAUGUGGUGCUGAGCUACCAGGACAGCCUGCUUCGCCGCUCUGAUGUUUCCCUUCUGGAAGGACCCCACUGGCUGAAUGACCAAAUCAUCGGAUUUGCCUUUGAGUACUUUGCUAGUGAGCGCUUCCGAAUCCUGGGGGAGAGUGUUGUCUUUGUCAGCCCGCAGGUCACCCAGUUUAUCAAGUGCUCUUCCUGCCCAGAGGAGUUAGCCAUGUUUCUUGACCCUCUGGAGCUGGCCUCGCGUCGUUGGGUCUUCCUGGCUGUGAACGACAAUUCAGAGCAGAGUGCUGGGGGGUCCCACUGGAGCCUUCUGGUGUACCAUCAUAAAUCCAACCACUUCUCUCACUAUGACUCUCAAAAUGGCAGCAACUCUCUGCAUGCCCGGCGCAUUGCUAGCAAGUUAGAACCCAUGUUGUGUGUAGGGAGAAAGGCUGCAUUUGUGGAGGAGCCCAGUCCUGUACAACAGAACAGCUAUGAUUGUGGCAUGUAUGUCAUCUGUAUAGCUGAGGCCUUGUGUGAGAAGCCACACCUGGCUUUGCAAACUCUCACCCCAACCGUUAUUAAACAGAAGAGAGCAGAAUGGUGUAUAUUAAUCCAGAGUCUCGCUCAGAGUGAACUCUGAUGCGCUCUCUUUUCCUUAGUACCACUCACUGUAUGCAGAAGUGCACAUACACAAGCUGACAAAAUUGUUGGUACCCUUCUGUUAAUUAAAUAAAAAUGAACAAAUGUCACCGUAAUAACUGACAAUAGUAUUAAAUGAAAAUUCACGGAAAAUUAACAAAUGAAAAUCAGACGUUGCUUUUUAAUUGCGGUAAAACAGAAUUGUUUUAAAAAGCCAACUAAUGAAACGGGCCUGAACAAAAUUAUGUUACCUUUAAUAUUUAGUUGCACAGUUUUAUUACAGUCAAUGAGUAGCACAGUGACUUUUAAAUAGUCAGACUAACUGAUUACAUAUUUCAGGACACACCUUAAUUUAAGAUGUCCCUAUGGUCAAUUAUAUUCAAUCUUAUCAGGGAUGCCAUCAUUUUUGUCCAGCCUGAUUCAUUGAGUUUUUUUUUUUUUAUUAUUCUGUUGAACCAUAAUUCAAAAGCAAUGUCUAAUUUUCAUUGGUUAAUUUUCAGUCAUUUUUAUUUACUCUAACUUUGGUUGGUUUCAAGUUGUUUCAGUGACCAUUAUGGGUUUUUCUUUCAUUAGAAAGGGUAUCACCAAUUGUGUCCAUGUACGACUGCAUGUAUUCUCGGCCAGAGCAAUGAAAGCACUCUUUUCGUAAAACAAAUCUUAUUUCAAUUACAGUCAGUCUGCAAUGGAAGAAAGUGACAAAAUUUUGACUGUUUUAUGAUUUCUUCGACUCGCGCUGUAAUGUUUAUCUCUAAUAUAAGCAGUGCAACACUUGAUAUGUAAACAAGAACACCGGCAUGCCUAUAAAAGGCACGUACUUGAUUGUACAUAUUAAGUGAAGAUGGAGGCAAUGUGAUCAGGGACCUUUCUCCAUUUUAUGAGUUUGGUAAUUUACAGAUGGACAGAAUGUGACUGGCUCCAUAAUUUUAUUCUUUGCUCUCAUCACACUGUGAAUUAUAUUUGAAAAGUGGUCUGUUGUCAGCAUUGUUGGGUUGAAUGAUAUACUUUGUGUUCUUUAAUAAAUCGGUUUUAUCUUAAAAGU